AAAUCACACAUGAUCCAACCGCUCAAUGACGGUGAACGAUAAUCUCUGUAGCAGAAACAUUGAACGAGACGUGGCUAGAGGCAAUAUACGGUAUUGAUGUGAAUUAAAAUUGAGUGGCAAUCAGGCCGCAGAAACAAACCGAAAUUACAUUGAAAGGCAUCACAGCGAACAGAGUUUAGCAAAGCGAAAUAUGGGUCUCUGCAAGUGUCCCAAGCGACAGGUAACGACGCAAUUCUGCUUCGAGCAUCGGGUGAACGUAUGUGAAAACUGUAUGGUAGUGAACCACACGAAGUGUACCGUACAGUCAUACAUUCAGUGGUUGAAGGAUAGCGAUUUCGACACCAACUGUACCCUUUGCGGUAGUCCACGCGACAGUGACGAUUGUGUUCGGCUCAUAUGCUACCAUGUCUUUCACUGGAAAUGUCUUAACGCCCGACAGCAAAUGCUACCCCCAAAUACGGCCCCCGGUGGCCACACCUGUCCGAUUUGCAGUGAACCAUUGUUUCCGCCCAGCAAUCUGGUGUCGCCGGUGGCGGACGUGCUGCGCGUACGGCUUGGCCAGGUGAACUGGGGCCGAAAUGAGCUAGGCUUAUCGUUGGUAGACAUCAGACACCAGCGUACAGAACGGAAGGUAGAGAUACAAAUUCAUUCCGGAUACUUUGGCGCAUUUCAGAUGCUGGAUGAGAAGCACCCGGAUGCUACAUCGAAACCGUCAGUGGAGUUGAUGGCAAAUCAGCGGAACGGUGGCACCAUGACGACCACUUCCGGAUACAGUGACGUGCACGGCGGGAUGGCAAUGGCUCAGAAUCGGGUAAUGGGUGGCAGCAUCGGUAGCAGUACGAAUCAUGCGUCGUCCGGUAAAGAACGUCCCGAAACACCUCAUUCGGUGCUAAAUCUCGAUCCGUACGUUAGUAUUGCAAACAGCCGUCGAUCGACACUGCUCGCUCGGGAACCACCGAUCGGUGGAUCGGAUCGGGACGACAACAAGUACAAGCGACGCACGCCGAAGGAAAUCUUUUCCCGCUGGUCCCGCCGGCUGUACGCACCGUCCGUACGGCCCGUUUGGCGAAAGACGUGGUUCCUGGUUGCGACGGGGCUGUUGGGCUUUGUGUGCAUCGUGUACGUGAUGGCAACGAUCAGCAGGGGUGGUGGUGAUGACGAACAGAGCCUAGGUGGUGACCGGGAGCUAGGUGGUUUCAUUCCGAAUCGCAAUCUACCGCACGCCGAAGAGUGACGAUUUCCGGUCGGAUAAUGUGGUUACUGCAAGUCUGCUAACCUGCUAUCCAUCCAAACAUUCUGCUCGCAAUUGUGAUGAUGAUGAGUGUGUGUACUAGUGGUGUUUGUGACGCGAAUCAGGUGUGUGUGUUAUGGCUGAAGAAGGAAAACGGAGUUGAAAGAAAGCUUCAGCAAGGGAGCAGGGGACCCCGGAGUGCAUGUGAGCUAUGUAAGGAUAUAUUUUAUUUGUUUUUCAAUUAUAACGUAGAGUACGUAUUAUCAUUCGAUUAAAGAUGAAUUAUUGCGAUAUAUUAUAAA